CGAUUUUCCUGGUGAGGAAAUCCAACACUUUGUUUUGACAGAAUAAGCAAGUAGAGACUCUUCCGAACGACACGAAGAACCAGUUCCAACCCGUUUCCAUUUUCCGUGGCUCGGUUGGGUGGCUAUUCGAGUGAUUGAUUGAUUGAUUGGUGUAAAAUCAAUCGUUUCUCAAAUUAUUACGGGUCAAUGUUGCUUGAAGUGCUUGAAAAGUAACAUCUGUGUAUAGCUGGAAGCAUAAAGGUCGCAAUUUUAUGUAUUUUGUUGCUUCUACGACUCACCUUUCGUAGUGGAAAAAGAUGGCCUCCAUAGAUAAGUAUCUGUGAAAAGUGGUAGAUUUAGUGAAAGAAUCGACGAAAACGAAGUUUGAAGAUGGCAACCAAACCGCCACAGGAUACCUCCGGGUUGGGUUACUCGUACGUAACACCCGGAGGAAUGUUUCUGAGGCUGAGAAACUCCCUGUCGCAGUUCAGUGAUUUGUUCAGCGAGUUUAACAAGUACAUCGCCCCUGCCUAUCAUCACGAUCGCUGUGAACGAUCCGUCCAUAUGCGACUGUAUUCCAUGAACAAGCGAGAGUUUGUGGUGGUAUUUCUGGCUUUCUUUGCAUGUUUUGGGCUGGGAAUUUUCAUCGGAUUGGCCGGGCCGCCAAUCACCGUGACUACGAUGGUCACCGGAAGUUCGCUGAUGCCAAACUCGACCAGUCCCAAUCCGGACUACCUGGCGACGGGACCAUUCGUGAUGCGUACCCCGCUGAUGACUACGUAUUCGCAGCAGUUGUGGUUGAUUGCGAACAUCGAGACGGACAACACCGAUGAUGAAAUAUUCGACAAAAGUUUCCAUGUCAGUGUCGGAAUCGAUGGCCUCACGGUGGAGCACAAACCGGUCACCGUGUUGAAAGAAGACCACAGCAAAAAUCGAACGCGCCAUUUGACCUGCUCACGUGAUGCUUGCGAGGAGUUCAUCGUGCUUCAUCUAGGCUUCUUGGACUAUGCCCACUACAUCUUCACGGUACGAUUCUACGGGUUGGAAGGCUUUCACCAUCGGUACAACAUCAACGGCGUGCAGUUCUACUUCAAAACGUACAAUCCAGCAUUCACCCAAAUUGAGAUUUGGUUUAGAUUCAUCUUUCUGCUGUUUACGUUCAUCGUAACGUGUUGGUUCGCUCACACGCUUCGGAAGUAUCCCAUCUAUGACUGGUCGAUAGAGCAGAAGUGGAUGUCGGUCCUGUUGCCACUGCUAGUGCUCUACAAUAAUCCACUCUUCCCGCUAAUAUUCCUCAUGAGCAGCUGGUUGCCGGGAAUGUUGGACGCAAUCCUGCAAGCCACCUUCCUGUGUGCUUUACUGCUGUUCUGGUUGUGCAUCUACCACGGCCUGCGGCAAAAUGAGCGGAAGCUGCUCACCUUCUACGUGCCCAAGUUGAUAGUGAUCAUGCCCAUAUGGCUGUGUGCCGUUGUGCUGGCCACCUGGGAGAAGUGCAACGAAAUGAAGGACCCGACGUACAGCCAUUUCGUCGACACCGGAAACUACAACGGCUUCAAAAUGUUCUUUUACAUUUCCGGUGCAAUGUACUUGCUGUAUUUGGUUCUACUGAUCCUUCGAGCCUAUAGUGAACUUCGGUCGAUGCCAUAUUUCGAUAUGCGUCUCAAAUUCCUCACCCUGUUGAUGCUGUUUGUACUGGCCAUUUCGCUGGCGGUUACCAUGUGCCGCUUUGGCUUUGGAAUCCUGGAGGACAAUUUUGUCGCCAAGCUGAACACCACGUACAAAAGUUCCGCUCAGUUCAUGUGUUUCUAUGGAUUGCUGAAUUUCUACCUGUAUACGAUGGCUUAUGUGUACUCGCCCAAUGGUCGGCCUUUACAUGAAGCCACCAUCACCAAGGACAAUCCGGCCUUUUCGAUGAUCAACGACUCGGACGAAGAGGUGGUCUACGGUUCGGACGAGGAAAGUCGCCGGCCCCUGAAUUCGGCCCAUGGCAAAGGAAACGACUACGAUAGCGACUAAAAGCGAGUUCCCGAGUCUUCCGGAGGAUCUGUGCCGUCAGUUCCGACGACGAUAACAAUGGUCUCAGAAAGGGUGGUAAAAACUGUUUCCGUACAAAACAAUAGAAAUUGUGUGCUAUGACUGAGCAGGACAUAUUUAAUCAGAGAUGGACUUGUGAGUGAGGUAGUAGGGUAUUGACCGGAAAGCGGUAGAAAUGUUUUCGUUCAUCACACGCUGGAGAUGGAGUUACAAAUAGGCAUAUCUUUUCACUUCUGAAAUCGGACCGGUACAACGGCGACGAAAUGAUAAGAAGUAGUUCAGACAAAAUACAUGUUUAGAUGGUAUCUGUUCCGUUCUGGAUUUUUGUUGUAAGUUUAAACGAGAGUACCAUCAUUCGCAACCAUUCCAAGUAAAAAUAGACUACAUUAUAGGGUAGACAGUCGUGUUAGAGAUCAAUUACGAUACAAACUCAGCCCAAAUAGACAUAAUUUACUCUUCGGCGUUUCGUUCAUCUUGCAAAUUCUAAAUCCCGUAGCAAAACAAGCGUAAUUAAAAUCAUUCUCAACCUUGUUAGAUGUUUUCGAGUACCAGGAUACCCGAAAAAUAAUAUAGUUAGAGGUUUACAAUCUAAAUAGAUUAAAAGCUAAGCUUUAGAGCCCUGGUGGUACCAGAACUCAUUUUGUCUCCUCUUUAUCAAUGCUUACUUUUUGUUGAAUCUAGUGCGUACCCAGCGCAUUCAACUUUGCCAACGAGAGGGCAAAUUGCGAUCUGGUACAGCUAUUGCUUUGGAGUACCCAACAGCUACAUAGAAAGAAACAGUUGUGUGUGACCAUAUUGCAAAAAUGAAUGGAAUAACUGCAGCAUUUAAACCAAUAAGUAUAAUAAAUCCAAGGAACAUAAAUUAAGACAACUGAUGUGACAAACCACUGGGAAAGACAAAUAAAAUAUUUAUACUUGAA